GGAACCUAAGAGACGUCACCACUUGUCAAAGUCUAGCUGGCACAAUACCUGGACAGGUUGUUAAACCGUAAACAAAUUGACGUGUUUAAUCCACCGGGCGGUAAUAAUAUGUUGACGGUAGGGCUGACAUUGCACUGAAGAAGGACGACCUAUAGAAGAUGGCCCGAUCUAGGAAGAAUGCCAACGCUGCCGCAAACUCUGGCGGUGAAAACCCCAAGAAGGCGCCUCAGCGGCAGCCGAACAAUGGAACCAGCAGCAGCAGCGCCGGGAGCCAGACGCCCGUGAAGCCAGCUACGGGGGGCAAUAGACUGCUGGUAAUGACGCAGUGGAGGAUGGCUUUCGGAAGUGCCUGCCUGGCGAUUGCCGUCUACUUUGGUUACCUGGGCUACUUGGAGACUCGGGUGAACACACCGUUCGAGGGCGAUAAGCUGGUCGUCUACGACAAAUAUGAUAAUAACAGGUUGUCGCUUAUGUGGGGCUCUUACCGGCCAGCCGCAUACUUCGGGAUGAAAGCGCGGGACCCGCACUCACCUGAUAUCGGAUUGAUGUGGUAUAAUGAGGAUACCCUCCGAAGUGAAGAGGGAAUAAGGCAUUACUGCAGCACAGGUGAUGAAAUAAAAAAGUACGGUUGGAAUCUGCAUGACGGCAGAUAUUUUGGUGUUCAAAAAAUAGAAGAUCCACCAUUCCUAGUUGAAACGUCGUUUGUGAAAACUGUAGAAAAUGAUCUGGGUGGUGACUGGACAGCUAGAAUUAAAGUAGAUAUCGCAAAUCAAUCAAACAGUUCGGCGCGGAGAAAGAUGGGUUUGUUCUGGUACACAACCUUGGAUGAAAAGUCUGACGGCAAACUUGGAGCAAUUUUAGACUCGCUCAAUCGACCCGACGGUAUUUACGGGGAGGCUCCAACCAUUGGUGAUUUCGAGAUGAGAUUUUUCACCAACAAUACAAUCGUGCAUCGUUCAUACCUAACUACUGCCGUUGAAAAUUUCGAAGACUUGCGCCGAACUCUAGCUAGAGGCUACUUGCGGUAUGUACCGCUUGGUCAAAAUAGGCAGAUAUUAUCUUUAUCAGGGGAAGCACUUUUCAACGACCAAGGACGUCGAUUCAAGGACAAUGUUGUUGUAAUCCAGUAUGUUAUGGAAGCCCCUUUCACCUUAGAAAUUGCCUAUAAAUCGAUGUCAACGAAAAACAACAUUGAUAGUCCAUUACUUAUCGGUGAUUUAUACAAAAAGCGACUAUUGGAUUAUCGUAAAGAUUUCAAUGAAAAAUUUGAGAAGAUUUUUGGGUUGAAUAGUAAAGGUUUUUCUAAGGCGGAUAUUAAUUUUGCUAAGGCUGCCCUGAGUAAUAUGUUGGGUGGGAUUGGAUAUUUUUAUGGAUCAUCUAGAGUUCAAAGUGUUUACACUAAAGAACCUGUACCCUAUUGGAAGGCACCGUUAUAUACAGCGGUACCAUCACGCUCUUUCUUCCCCCGAGGUUUCCUUUGGGAUGAAGGAUUUCACGGAUUGCUCAUCAGUGAGUGGGAUCUGGAUAUCGAAUUAGAUAUCAUCAGUCAUUGGUUCGACUUAAUUAAUGUCGAAGGCUGGAUUCCGCGCGAACAGAUUUUAGGAGCGGAAGCUUUAUCAAAAGUGCCAGAAGAAUUCGUAACACAAAAAAAUACGUAUGCGAAUCCACCAACAUUUUUCCUCACACUUCAUAAAAUUAUAACGAAAUUCAAAACUGAACUAUCGCACUUCAAUCGCAAAGCCAAGUUAGAUAAAUUAUAUCCCCGAUUGCAAUUGUGGUUUGCUUGGUACAAUACGACUCAGAAGGGCGAAUUGUUUGGCACGUAUCGGUGGCGGGGGCGAGAUGACACUUCUACUACUGAGUUGAAUCCUAAAACCUUAGCAUCUGGUCUGGAUGAUUAUCCGCGUCCAGCAUUUCCUACGAAUCAAGAGCGUCACAUUGACUUGCGCUGUUGGAUCGCAUUUGCCGCUGGUGUUAUGGCAGAUUUGUCAAAAUUGCUUGGAAGAGAUGAUUUGAAAUAUUGGGAAACAUUUUCUUACUUAUCUGAUAAUACAUUGUUGAACGAGUUGCACUUAAGUUCCUAUACAGAAACUUAUUCGGACUGGGGGCUCCACACAGAUUCAGUAGUUCUGCGAAAAGUAGAAGAGCCAGUACGGAUCGAUCAACCUUUGCACUAUACGACGAAAAGAAUAGCUCUAAAAGCUCCUGAAUGGCGUUAUGUGGAUUCGUCAUUUGGUUAUGUGAGCCUUUUCCCGCUUCUUUUACAAAUUCUAGAACCUACCUCUUUUCAACUUGGGAAAACGUUGACAUUUAUGCGCGAUCCGAGUCUAAUUUGGUCCGACUAUGGUCUACGAUCAUUAGCGAAAUCAUCGCCGCUAUAUAUGAAACGAAAUACCGAACAUGAUCCCCCAUAUUGGCGAGGUCAAAUUUGGAUAAAUAUAAAUUACUUAGCACUGAGAGCUCUUCAUUAUUAUGGUUCCCAAGAAGGGCCUUUUAUGGAAGAAUCGAAGCGCAUUUAUAGGGAGUUGAGGAGCAACUUGAUAACUAACAUCAUUAAGCAAUAUAAUAAAACAGGUUAUAUUUGGGAGCAGUACAAUGAUUCAACAGGAGCUGGCUCUGGAUGUAGACCGUUUACUGGAUGGAGUGCGCUUGUUGUAUUGAUGAUGGCAGAAAAAUAUUGAAUUGAAAGUGUUUCUUUCUCAUGUUUUACUACUUCUAGUCUGUUCUAUCAAGCGCAAUGUUUGUCUACUUUGAGAGUUAAAAAUGUGUCAAUUGAUACUUUAAAAUUUUAGUUGUGAUUUUAUAUUGAGAUGGAAAAUAUGUUUUUGUUUUGGUGAAAUAUACGAUUUAAGAGAUGAGA